AAUUCCAACAAAUAUAUUUUGACCCCACUUAAUUAUAUUUCUAGAUUGGCCAUCGGGGAAUUUGGGGUUCAUGCUGAUUUUUCAUUUUUUGUUCACGGCACACCCUACCGCUCACGGCCCACCCCUCGUGUCGUGCCGCUAGCGGGCUUGUGCCAUGCCCAUGCCCCAUGCUGCCUGUGGGCCGGACCGGCAGUAGCGGUUUUAUACUUUUAUUUGUCACAGACUCACAGAGUAGGAGUAGGAGUAGGAGACUAGGACUCUAUCCCUCUAAACAAACAAACUGGAUUAGGAUUUUAGGAGUACCUUCGUGUAAAACUACAGAGUGACAAUUUAAACGAGCACUUCAUCUUCUUCCGGCAGAGUGCAGCAGUAGAAAUAGAGACAAAUUUGCAGAAACAAAGCGUCGGAAACCAGCAAGCAACUCAACCCGUUCAAAUGAGCACUUCAUCUUCUUCAAUUCGAGCAUUUGGCGCUGUUCUUCAAAGAAUUUCUCCAUUAAAAUCCCAUUCUCUCUCCUCCUCUUCUCUCCACUGGAAUUGCAAGAUAUGGAGAACUUUUUCAUCAUCAAGUUUACGGGGUUCACAAUUACUACCCCACGAUUUAUCUCGUCAAUGUGAUUAUCCUAGUGCUUCUGUCAGAACGAUUUGGACAUCUUCUCCUCUUUGCAUGGGUAGACGCUCGUCCAAAAUUGCUACUAGAAAGGGUGCUCAAGAUCUAAAGAAGGCAAAGCUGUAUGCAAAGAUCGGCAAAGAAGUUGUAUCUGCUGUGAAGAAAGGAGUUCCAAAUCCUGCAUCCAAUACAGCUUUGGCUGCUGUGUUUGAAAAGGCCAAGGAGCUUGAUGUCCCAAAGGAGAUUGUUGAGCGCAACAUUAAGAAAGCUUCUGAGAAGGGACAGGAGGCCUUUAUUGAGAAAGUCUAUGAGGUGUACGGAUAUGGUGGGGUUGGCUUUGUUGUCGAGGUUUCAACUGACAAGGUAAACAGAUCAGUGGCUGCUGUUAGGGAGGUGGUGAGGGACUGUGGUGGCAAGAUGGCUGAUUCUGGUUCUGUCGUAUUUAGGUUCAAACGUGCUCGUGUUGUAAAUGUGAAAAUUAGUGAUGCUGACAAAGACCAGCUUCUCGGAAUUGCCUUGGAUGCUGGUGCUGAGGAUGUGAUUGAACCUCCAGACAAUGAAGACGACUCAGAAGAAGAUCAGGCAGAGAGGUACUAUAAAAUUGUAUGUUCAGCGGGAAAUUACUCUUCUAUACUCUUAAAGCUCCGUGAUGAAGGAAUAAGUUUCGAGCCCGAUAAUGGAUACGAGCUACUUCCAGUUUCCCCUAUUGAGGCAGAUGAUGAAGCUAUGGAAUUGAACAAGGAGCUGAUGUCUAAAUUGCUCGAACUUGAUGACGUUGAUGCUGUAUAUACCGACCAGAAAUAAGGAUCAAGAUUCUCUCUGAAGUCAUUAAUUAGACGAUCCAUCAUCGAGUUACCAGAGAAAAUAAUCAUUUCUCGCAAAUAAACUAUUGGCUGGAGAAGUAGCCUCCUUGAUACACUCGUUUCGUCUGCGGAGUUGACAUAUAUUGGUUGCCAAACUUUGCCAUCUAUGGCUUUUACAUUCCUGAUUCAAGAAAGAUAGGAUUUGAGGAAUUAACCCCUCUUUGUUUUUGGCAAAAUGCCAAUGUAUUAAUCCCACAAUUUUGAACUACUCAAUUUUGUAUAGUAGUCAGGAAACAAUUUUUUUUUUUUGAAAGAUAGACAGGAAACAUUUUGAAUACAUUCGUUGAUAUAUUGAAUACUCCUCGUACAUUUUUUGAUGAUAAUCAAAAAGAUUUGUUUCCUUUA